GUUUGUGUCAUGAUUUGUCAUCAUACGUGGCCCGCAAAGAAAAAUAAAUCCGAAUUUCAUUUCACAGCAAUUUUAAACAGAAUUCUGUAUAAUACACGGAAUAAACAUUUUACACACAAAAUGGAGUGCAAAUGGACUUCGUCAUGGCUAGUUUCCUUAGUAAUAGUGGGACUAUUGGGCAGUGCAAGUUGCUACACAAUAACAGUGGACGCUCAUGCCGAAGAGUGCUUCUUCGAAAAUGUGGAAGCCGACACUAAAAUGGGUUUAACAUUUGAGAUAGCUGAAGGUGGUUUCCUAGACAUAGAUGUAACAAUAACUGGUCCAGAUGGUGUAGUCAUAUACAAAGGAGACCGGGAGUCCUCGGGAAUGUACACAUUCUCUGCACAUACAUCUGGACGGUAUACUUACUGCUUCAGCAAUAAAAUGUCUACCAUGACUCCUAAGGUGGUAAUGUUUAACCUGGAGGUUGGAGACGCCCCCUCCAAGCCGGACGGCAAGGAGGACGAGGCCAACCACAACAAGUUGGAGGACAUGAUCAAGGAGCUCGGCACCACGCUCAAGACUGUCAAGCAUGAGCAGGAGUACAUGCAGGUCCGAGACCGCAUCCACCGCGCCAUCAACGAGAGCACGAACUCGCGCGUGGUCAUGUGGUCCAUCUUUGAGGCGUCCGUACUGCUGGUCAUGACCGUCGGACAGGUCUACUACCUAAAGAGGUUCUUUGAGGUGCAACGAGUAGUAUAAAACCUUUUUAUUGAGGGGGAAAGCUUUUUGUUUCAAUUUCUAACUGGCCAGAAAUCAACCGGCUAAAGUGAAUGAAUGUUAUAGAGAAGUGAAAAUGGGUUUAUAAAUGAAAUUCUGUGAUUAUAAUUUUGAUGAUUCCUUUCCCCUUCAAGUUUAACUUCGCCCAAAGUACUUCCUAUCCCAUUAAAUAGCACCUCGAUGGUCGAUGAAACAAAUUCAGUUUCUUAAUUACUGUUAAGUCUGUUCAUUCAUUGGACACCUGUGUAAAUAAAGCAUUCGAGGUCAUGUCGCUAUAAUAUAGUAGAUAUCAUCCCAUGCAGUAUUUGUAAGAGUUCGACGCACAUUGAAAUAAUAUAUUUAUGUAAUAUAAAUACUUAAUAUUCUCUGAUCAUCACACUAAUGGAUCAUCGGCCGAGGUGCGUGUGUGUGCGAACAUGAUCUGAACAUGUGCAAACUACCUUGCGAGAUGUAUGUAGUUGUGUUUUGAAUAAAAGUAAAUUAAUAAUGUUUUACAAUA